UGUCAACGUCAUUUUUCCUGUAUGAGGAGUGCUAACAUCGGCGAGAGCAUCGGUGUGGCUCUGUGGUGCUUGCAAAUAAGUGUAUUAUUUCCCAAAAAAUUUCCUUUCUUCUUCGCUGCUAGCUGCGUACGCGUGUCGUCAUCGUCUUUUCCACCUUUCGGCAGCAGUUCAUAUUCGGUCAAGCACCAACCGCUCGUCUGUGAUCAUCGCUAAUAGCCAAAGCUUUUGUACUACCAGCUCACCUGAUUGUACUUGCAGGCUAGACAGCAGCCACGGGUGAAAAUACGGCUCGGGUGUGAAAAUCAAGCAGUAUUUCGCAUAAACAAAAGCAUCCAACGUUUCGUCGUACGGUUUUUGAGUGGGUGGAAGUUUUCGUAGUGUCCGGUUCGGUUCGGUGAAGGAACCUGAAAAUGUGUUCUAUGAGUCGUGCAAAAUUAGUGAUAUUCAGUUAUCUCAUGGUGGUGUAUCUUUUCUACAAUCCUACCGACAGCGGUGCUGUUCAGCUCAACAGUGAAAAUCUAGAUAUGACUUUAGCUUCUAAUGAACUAGUAUUUAUCAAUUUCUACGCGGAAUGGUGUAGGUUCAGCAACAUUCUGCAGCCGAUAUUCGAUGAAGCGGCUGAUAAGGUCCGGGAAGCAUUCCCCGAUGGCGGCCGGGUGGUCAUGGGCAAAGUCGACUGCGACAAAGAAUCCUCAGUGGCAAGCCGGUUCCACAUCUCCAAGUACCCCACGCUGAAGGUGAUUCGGAAUGGGCAACCCACGAAGCGAGAGUUCCGAGGAGCUCGCACUGUGGAUGCCUUUGUUGAGUUCAUCAAGAAGCAGCUGGAGGAUCCGAUCAAGGAGUUCCACAAUCUGAAGGAUCUGGAAGUUCUGGACAGCAAAAAGCGAAUCGUGGUCGGUUACUUCGACCGACGCGAUAUGCCCGAGUACAAUAUGUUCCGACGGGUGGCAACCAAUCUGAAGGAGGAUUGCGUGUUUAAUGCCGGAUUCGGAGAUACCGUGGCGGCCAUGCAUCCCCCAGGACAACCCAUCAUUGUUUUCCGACCGGACGUGGCCGUUACGGACGGUAACGAUGAGGUGUUCAAAGGAAACAUAAACAAUUUUGACGAGCUGAACAUUUGGGCUCAGGAAAAAUGUGUUCCUCUGGUGCGGGAAAUUACCUUUGAAAAUGCCGAAGAACUGACCGAGGAGGGCCUGCCGUUCUUGAUUCUGUUCCACGCUCCGGACGACACCCAAUCAAUCAAGGACUAUAAGGCAAUCAUCGAAGGUCAACUGCUUUCCGAAAAACAGAACAUCAACUUCUUGACGGCUGACGGAAAGCGGUUCGCCCAUCCGCUGCAUCAUCUUGGCAAAAGCCAAUCGGACCUACCGCUGAUUGCGAUCGAUUCCUUCCGGCAUAUGUAUCUGUUUCCCAGUUUCAAGGACAUGUUCGUUCCGGGCAAACUGAAGCAAUUCUUGAAUGAUCUCUACAGCGGAAAGCUGCAUCGUGAAUUCCACUACGGUCCGGAGCUGACCGACGACAACACCAUCGAGGUGGCGACAAAUCAGGACGUCAAAAAGGGUACCACGCCACCGGAAUCCACCUUCAAACACCUGGGACCGUCGGACAAGCGGUACACGCUGCUGAAGGACGAACUGUGAGCUGCGUGCAUCCACCGUGUGGAAACCAGCACGCUAGUGUACUUUAACCAUUCAAUUCCCAAGUAUCCGAGAAAAACAAACAAGCAAAACCGGUGAGCUCGCACGAUUUACUUUCUCCGUUUCGUCCGUUUCCGAUACUAGCCCACUAUGAGUUUUUAGAUUUUAGAAUACAGUGAGAACAGUUUAUUCUUAGUCCAACCUCCCAGUCGUUUCUAUAUCUAGACUUAUAUCUUAAUGCAUGUUUGUUCAAGUAAACCCCACAAACUCCACAGUGGUGCAGGUUGAUUCGAGCUUUACCGUGAUCUACCGACGCUUCAGUUUUCUGAAGAAGCGUGAAGAGGUGGAAACCAUCCUGCAAACAAUAGGCUAAUUUAGUACAAGGAUAAUUUUGCGCAGUUAGGUUGCUUUAGAUGUGAAGACCGUGGUUUAAUCUAUAGAAUGAAUCUAGUGAAUGAAUGGAAUGGCUUGAGUGAACAAAAAUUUUUUUUAAUCUACUGAGUUUUAACUACAAGCAGACAAUCUCAAAAAAUCCCAAUCAAUCCGAUAAGUCAAGUAAAAUGGAAAACCCUCCAACUUGAGACGAAUGCUUAUAGGACACUCAGUUUUUAUGUUUCGUGAUGAUUCGAGAACAAACCUUGGUUGAACAAAUAUCGAUUCGACUACUGUAACGUUCAAGUGAUGUGGUUUCGAUAAUCCAAUGCGCGGUAGGUGGCUCAGUGACAUAGGUUGAGCAGAGGCUGGCAACUGUACGCGAUUAGAAACGACUGUUUUGUUAAAUAAUUCGUACUUCACGGAUGGCAAAAUAAUAAAAAUCAAACUAAA